AGGGGUUGGGCCCAGAAAAGAGCGCAAGACAUGCGCGCACACGUGGCGCCGGCCUGCAGACUACAUUUCCCAGAAGGGUGUGCGAAGGAGUCUCUUUUCCCCAGCAGGGCGGGGUUCCGGCGCGGAAUCACGUGUGCAUCACUUCCCUUCCCUUCCCUCUGGAGCCGCCUCCUGUGCCGAGGCCUGUGCCAGACGCCUGCUGCAGAAUGAAGGAAUGAAGGAAGGAAGCAAGGAAUGCGCAGCCUGCAGUCUCCGUCAGGCCCAAGCUGCCCACCCUGGCCCUCUCCUGGCAGCCUGGAGGAAGACAAGGAGGAGGAAGGAAUGGUCCCCGGGCCACUCCAGGGCUCCAUGACCUUCCAGGAUGUGGCUGUGGACUUCACCCCAGAGGGAGUGGCGGCAACUCGCCCCUUCUCAGAAGGAGCUGUACCGGGAGGUGAUGCUGGAGAACUACAGGAACCUGGUGUGCCUGGGACUGGCCCUGUCUACACAAGGUGUGAUUGAGCAUCUGGAGAGAGGGGACAUGCCUUGGAUGCUGGAGAGAGACGUCCCAGGAACCCAUGGCCCAGUUUCAGAAAUAAGGCCUCAAACCAGGGUGUCAGCUCCAGAGCUGAACCUUUCUGGGGCAGUAUCCAAUCAGAGAUUACCAAAGGAUAGUCCUCCUGUCCCCAAAUCUGGAAAAGUCUGGGAAGGUGAUCCUAGGGUAGAAAGAGAGAAGAGCGGUAAGCCGAAAAAUCUCCAUAAAUGUGAUAAACAUAGGAAGAGCUUUAGACUGAAUACAAACAGAAAAAACAGCCAUCAGGUCUGCUCAAAGAAGGUCAUCUACAAGUAUCUCGAACAGGGAAAAUGCUCUGAUUAUAAUUCAAACCUCAUUCAGCAUCAGAGACUUAGUGCUGCAGUAAAGUCUUAUAAAUGUGAUGAAUGUGGAAAAGCCUUCCGGGGAAGCACAGGGCUUGCUGGACACCAGAGAAUUCACAGAGGAGAGAAACCUUAUGAGUGCAUUGAAUGUGGGAAGGCCUUCCGAUGGAGCACCCAACUUACUGUCCACCAGAGAAUUCACACUGGAGAAAAGCCAUAUGAAUGUAAUGAAUGUGGAAAGGCCUUCUGUCGAAGUUCACAGCUUGCUGAACAUCGUCGAAUUCAUACUGGAGAAAAACCUUAUGGAUGUAAUGAAUGUGGGAAGGCCUUCCGCCGAAGCACACAGCGCACUGUACAUCAGAGAAUUCAUACUGGAAAGAAGCCUUACGAAUGUAGUGGAUGUGGGAAGUCCUUUCACCAGAGAAAGGGACUUACUCAGCAUGAGAUAAUUCAUACUCAAGAUAAAGCUCACAAAUGUAAUGAAUGUGGGAAGGGUUUUCGAAGGGGCUCACAGCUUUCUGAACAUCAGAAAGUUCAUACUGGAGAGAAACCUUAUGGGUGUGAUGAGUGUGGGAAAGCCUUUAGUCGGAGCACACAACUUGCUAUACAUCAGAGAAUUCAUACUGGAGAGAAACCUUAUGAAUGUAAUGAAUGUGGGAAGACCUUCUGCUGGAGCACACAGCUCACUGUACAUCAGAGAAUUCAUACUAGAGAGAAACUUUUUGAAUGUGAUGAAUGUGGGAAGACUUUCCACCAGAGUGCAUUGCUUACUCGACAUCAGAUCAUUCAUACUGAAGAGAAAUCUUAUGAAUGUUCUGCAUGUGGGAAGUGCUUCCGCCGAAACAUAGAACUUUCCCGACAUCAGUCAGUUCAUACUGGGGAAAAACCUUAUGAAUGCAAUGAAUGUGGGAAGGCUUUCCGUCUGAGCACAGGGCUACAUCUACACCAGAGAAUUCAUACUGGAGAAAAACCUUAUGAAUGUAGUGAAUGUGGGAAGGCCUUCCGCCGGAACACAGAACUUACUCGUCAUCAGAGAGUUCAUACUGGAGAGAAACGUUAUGAAUGCAGUGAAUGUGGCAAGGCCUUCAGCCGAAGCACAGGACUUACUGAACAUCUGACGAUUCACACAGGAGAGAAACCUUAUCAAUGUAAGGAAUGUGGGAGGGCCUUCCGUCUGAGCAAGCACCUCACUCAGCAUUACAGAACUCACAAUGGAGAGAAGGCUUAUGAAGGGACAAUCUAAUAAAUAUAAUCAGAGGGCAUUCGGCUACAGUACACUUUCCUGGAAAUUAGAGAAUUCAUGACACCCUGUGACUUGUUUGGGAAUGGCUGACCAUACUGGUAUGUGCAGUGGAGAACUGUUGUGCACUGAGAAAUGAUGCGUGUGAGGAAUUCAGAGAAACUUGAGAAGACUGGUAUGAACUGAUUUCAGAGUGACGUAGGCAGAACCAGAAGACUGGUACACACUGUGAAUACCACGAUGCAAAUGGAACUACUGCAAGGAAGUUGAAAUUCAAGUAACUGUAGUGACUGAGCUCGGUCCCAAAGAACAGAUAAUAAAACAUGCCUUCCUUCUCUCGGCAGAACGGCGAAGGGCUACAGGCCAGAGUGCUGCGUGUGCUGUUUGAUUCGAUCACUGCACCUGUCGCUUUUUAUAAAAGAGAGUUCAGUUCUGGGGUAUAUCUAGAUAUGACUGCUGGAAAAGCACAUUCUACCAUAUUUCUUUCCAAAAAUAAAUCAGAAACUUAAAACAUAAGGGGAAUCACUAUUAAGUUUCCCACAGUGGAAGUUCCAGCUCUCAAAUCCCCAGCUUCCUUCCUCCAACUCUCACACUUAUAGCUGAUGAUUUAAACUCUUAAUUUACUAAGAGUGGCAACGAUAAGUAUUUUCUUUUUCAACUCCACUCAUCAACUUAGAAUUCUUACCUUGUAUCUCUUCAGUCUUUUUCCUGUGACCCUAACUUUACCUCCUUCUGCUCGUUCCAAGGCCUUUCUCUUGCAAGCAUCCUUUCCCUCUCCAGAAGCUAAAAUCUGUCCCUUUCUGGAUCUUUUCCAACUGCCUGCUCAGUUCCCCUCGAUUAAUAAACUCACAUACACAUAGGCACACAAAGCAACCUCACAAACCAUAUCAAACUUUCAAAAGAACCACCAACAUGCAAUAAAAGCAGGAUACUUCAUAGAUG